AGUCUGGCUUCUCUUACCUUCUCUCAUUUUAAUAACCUCUGGCUGGGGCAGUCGCUCACCAGCAGGGGGCGCCGUAGGGAGGUGUUUCAAGGUGCACGGCCUGUACCCAGGUGAAUCCUUCCCUUUCUCCUCCCUUCUGGACCUAUCCUGCUAGCUAAAUUGACUGACUCCUGGGAUCCUCGGCUCCUACCUUGACUCGAUUGGACUUUGCCAAUAGAAAAGGACACUCUCCCCAACUCCUUAUGGACGCUGGGAGGCAUGAGUCGGCCAGGAAGCUCUAGGCCACUCCUACCUGAUUCUCCGCCCACCUCCACUUGUAGGCUGGCCUGGCUGACCGUGUCUGGCUGACCUGUCUAUUUCUCAGAGAAGGAACUACUGUUCCGGGACAAGCCAGGAGCCUCUGGGAGGAAUUAGCCAGAAAGGUGAGCCCCUUUCUGGGGCACCUGGAGGCCCUUGGCCUUGACUGGCACUGGGUGCAGGAGAGCCAGUAGCAUCUAGUGACCAGGCGGAUGUGCCCCCAGGAGAGUUCCUUCCAGCCCUCCCAGUUCCUCCUGCUGGUGGGGAUCCCAGUGGCGAGUGCUCUCCUUCUGGUUCAGUGCCUUCGCUGGUAUCGCUCUCGCUGGCUGCUGGGGACCUGUCUGAAGCCAGAUGGGCAAGAAGAGCCAGUGUCCCCGUCCACCCCACUACCAGAAUAUGAUGCUCCAAGGCAGUGUCCACCGGCCACACUGCCAGAGAUAGCUGCCUUCUACCAGGAAUUGCACAUGCCCACCCAGGGCCAGACCAUCAUCCGCCAGCUGAUGAACAAACUGUUGGUGUUUUCGGCUCGAGAGGUGGAUCACCGCGGCGGUUGCCUGAUACUCCAGGAUACAGGCAUUUCCCUGCACAUCCCUCCAGGUGCUGUGGCCGUGGGCCGCCAGGAGCGGGUAUCCUUGAUUCUGGUGUGGGACCUGUCAGAUGCCCCGUCACUGUCCAGGUCUCAGGGACUGGUGAGCCCUGUGGUAGCAUGUGGCCCCCACGGAGCCUCCUUUCUGCAGCCCUGCACCCUCACAUUCAAGCACUGUGCCCAGCAGCCCAGCUACGCCCGCACCUACAGUAGCGACACCUCCCUGCUAGAUGCCAAGGCCUGGAGGCCCCUGGGUCGGCCCGGGGCCCACACGUCCCUGGAUGAGUGCCGCAUCCUCCUCUCCCACUUCAGCCUGUACACCUGCGUGCUAGAGGCGCCUGUGGGGCAGGCUGCCCGUAAAUGGCUGCAGCUGGCCGUCUUCUGCUCGCCGCUGGUGCCUGGGCAGUCCCACCUGCAGCUGCGUGUCUACUUCCUGAACAACACGCCCUGCGCCCUGCAGUGGGCGGUGACCAACGAGCAGCCCCACGGUGGGCGCCUGCGCGGGCCCUGCCAGCUCUUCGACUUCACUGGGGCCAGAGGUGACCAGUGCCUGAAGCUCAAGUACAUUUCUGAGGGUUGGGAGAAUGUGGAUGACAGCAGCAGCCAGCUGGUUCCCCAUCUCCACAUCUGGCAUGGAAAGUGCCCCUUCCGCUCCUUCUGCUUCCGGAGAAAAGCAGUCAAUGAGAACGAGGACUGCUCAGCAUCAACCAAUGAGAUCAUUGUCACCAUGCACACCUUCCAGGAUGGCUUGGAAACCAAGUACAUGGAGAUCCUCAGAUUCCAGGCAUCAGAGGAAGAGUCCUGGGCAGCACCACCCCCUGUCUCCCAGCCACCCCUGUGCAAUAGGCUGCCCCCAGAGCUCUUUGAGCAGCUGCAGAUGUUGUUGGAGCCAAACAGCAUCACGGGUAAUGACUGGCGACGACUGGCCUCUCACCUGGGGCUCUGUGGCAUGAAAAUCCGGUUCCUGUCCUGCCAGCGCAGCCCCGCCGCCGCCAUCCUGGAGCUGUUUGAGGAGCAGAAUGGCAGUCUGCAGGAGCUGUACGACCUCAUGACCGCCAUGGAGCGGCUGGACUGCGCCUCGGUCAUCCAGAACUACCUGAGCCAGACACCCAGAGGCAGCCCAGCCCCCGCCCGUGGGGCCGCCCUGGAGAACCAGGGCUUGGAGCUGGACGAGAAGCUCUGAGCGUCUGCUCUCGGGGGCGGGGGAAGCCGGGGGUGUGUUCUUCUGCCCAGAGAGAAAAUGGCAGCUUGAUGGACGUGCCCGGAGUCCUCUUCAGAAGCCACAGUCCAUGUCCAAGGCCAUCCAGGAUACCGGAGCGCUCUCACCCGCGGGCUGCACCCCGACCGCCCCUGCGCCCACGAACUUUGUUCUGCGUGCAGGUCCUCUCUUGGCCAGCAGGGGGCGCGGGAGCCCAGGAGAUGGCCACAGUCCGGCCAGCCUCUUGGAAGCUAUUUCAUAGACCAGUGGUCUGCCAGGUUGCCCCAUGGGCACCGCAUAGCAACAGUUUAGUCUACAAGGGUUCACUGAGCACUUAAUAAGACCCAGCACUGGGCUGGGGCACUGGCGAGUACUGGAGUAUCUGAGGUGAGGCCUCGACCCUUGACCAGCACAGGUUCCUUGCAGGAAUCAAGAUGACCUUCACAUGAGCAGAGGGCAAAUUCUAAAAUAGCAGGUGCCUGUGGUUAGGGCGUGUGGUGGUCUGCUAUGGACUGUGCUUUGCUUUAGGAAUCAAGAAGGGAGGGACGUUGAAUAUGGCCCUGGGGUAAGGAGAGGGUUUUAGGGAGGAUGUUGGGUGGUGUUCAGUUGGAUUUAGGGGAAAGAGCUCAACUGUGCACAGUAGGAGCCAAGAGCAAGCACAGAGGACUGGAGACAUUAAAGAGCUGCCCGGGUGGGCAUGAGGGAGGGUGGCAGGAAGGUUUUAGAGCUGGGCAGUCACAUCUACUGUCCACAACCUCCCCUCGUUUCCUUUGCCUCUCAUGUUCCAAUUCAUGCCUGUCUUCCCCUCUCUGCAGUUCUCUCUCUCAUAAAGCAUUCAAGCUGAGAAGAAGCUGCAAGAUUAACAUUCUUGCCCAGUCUUUAUAUCUCUUCACCUCCAACUGUGUGAGUUUUAAGUCUCUGACUUCAUUGACUUCAUUUUUUUUUGCCUCUAUUUCCUGCUGUUGUUCCAUCUCUAAAUCUGCUCACUGACUGCCUUAGCAUCUUUUUUCUCUACCCAGUUCCUGUGCCCUGUCUUUGUGGGUUUCUUUCUGUAUUUGAAAUCCUCAGUCAUUCCCCUCAGGCAAAUGUCUCCAAACUAAUGUUAAGCAUAUUGGAAGAGACUGGGCUACCCCAGGAAUGAAUGGGGCUAUUUUACCCAUGAAAGAAGACCCAGAUUAAGGUCAGAAAAUAAAGAAAGGGGUUGAAGAAUGUCCCACUCAAUCAUCAAAUACUUAUUUAGCACUUACUGUGUGUUAGACACUGUAUACAAAAGAGAUGGAUAGGCUGGCCCUGAAAGGAGAACAGAGGAUUUGACUGGAUUCUAGCAAUGCUUUUGUUUGCAAACAGGUGUUGUUAAUCUGUUGAAGGGACAGCAGUCUCUCUGGCAACCCUAACAAUUUGCUUCUAUACUUAAUUAAAAAUAUUAAUGCUUUUUUUUAUAAUGAAUGCUAUUGUAUAGUAAAAUAUGAAAAUUGCCUUUUCAUAAAAACAGACACAUAGAUCCAUGGAACAGACUAGAAGGCAAACAAACACACACAGAUACAGUCCUCUGAUCCUUGACAAAGAUGCCAAAAACACAUUGGAGAAAAGAGAGCCUUUUGAACAAAUGGUGCUGGGAAAACUGAUUAUCCAUACGUAGAAAAAUAAAACCAGACCUUCAUCUCUCACCUUAAACAGAAGUCAACUUGAAUCACAGGCCUAGGAUUUAGACCAGAAACCAUGCAACUCCUGGAAGGAAAUGUGGGGUCAAUACUCCAACACAUAGGUGUAAGCAGAGACUUCCUCAAUAGGAUUCCUGAAGCUCAGGAAAUAAUACCAAGAGCUCAUAAAUAGAAUGGCAUUAAAUUAAAAAGCUUCUGCACAGCAAAGGAUAUAAGUUAGAAUGUGAAGAGAGAACCUACAGAAUGGGAGAAAAUCUUUGCUAGCUACUCUUCUGAAAGAUGAUUAAUAUCCAGAAUAUAUAACAAACUCAGAAAAACUUAACACCAAAAAACAAAAUAAAACAAACAUCCCAAUUUUAAAAAUGGGCAAAUUAACCAAAUAGACACUUAUCAAAAGAAGAAAUACAAAUGGCCAACACAUAUGUGAAAAAAAUGUUCAACACUAGCAAUUAGAAAAAUGCAAAUCAGAAUGACACUGAGAUGUCAUCUCACUCCAGUUAGCAUGGCAACCAUCAAGAAUACAAACAAUAAUAAAUGCUGGAGGAGGUGUGGAGAAGAAACACGUCCUUUUACUUUGGGUGCUGGGGACUGAAACCAGAAGCACUUUACCACUAAGUCACAUCCCAGCCUUUUUAAUUUUGAUACAUGGUCUCACUAAAUUGCUUAGUGAGACCUCAGCCUCAGCCUCAGCCUCCCAUGUUGCUGGAAUUAUAGGCAUGUGUCACAGUGACCAACUGAGAAAAAGGAACUUUUAUGCUGUUGGAGGGAUUGUCAAUUAGUAGAGCCACUAUGGAAAUCAGUAUGGAGGUUUCUCGAAAGAGUAGGAAUGGAACCACCAUAUGACCCAGCUCUACCACUUCUUGGUAUUUGUCCCAAAGAAUCAGCAUACUGUAGCCACACAUGCAUACCCAUGUUUAUGGCAGCACAAUUCAUAAUAGCCAAACUAUGGAACUAGCCUAGGUGUCCAUCAGUGGAUCAGUGGACAAAUAAAAUGUAGUAUAUGAAGGAUGGAAAACAGCAACCCCCAGGGAAAAAGGGACCAACAACCUCCAAGGAGAAAGGAGGACCAUGGUUCCCAGAUGGAGCAGGCAAACAAUGGGCUCUGGACUUUCACCACUUCCCAGCAACAAUGGACUUUGAGUAUUCACAACUGCUCCCCCUGAGCUGGGCUUUGAACUUGCACAAGUGUUCCCCCUGACCGACCAAACAAUGCAUUCUGCUAUGAUUCAAGUUCCACUUAAACCCUAUAAAAAUCAGAUCUCUCUUGUAACCAGUUUCCAUUUUGUCUCCUGAACAUGUGCCAUUCCCGUUGCUUAAUAAAGAAAGCCUUGCUGAUCCGA